UAAUUUAUCUUCAUAUAGAAUGUAUGGUGUGUUUAUUUCACCAAAAUAUGUGUUUUGUUUUAGGUGUUAAAGUUUGUUUGUAUUGGGAAUUUUAUUUUUGGGCGUCACAGUGCCCUCUAGUGGUUUAUAUGGUAUGGGCUGUAUUAUCUGCUAUCUCUCGCCAGUCUGCAUUGUACGUGGCUGGGAGAGGUAGGUUUCCAACGCAGCUCGGUUUUGAAAGAGGAAUUUUAGUGCUGUAAUGUCAUUUAUGUUGCGUACAGUGAUUCCUACAUGAUCCGUAUUGUAAAUGGUUGUAAAAAUAGUUGUUUCGGGAGAUUUGUUAAGUUUCUUGGGUGAAUUUUAAGAGCACAAGAUAACCAACAAGUUAGUCACAUUGUUUUACAUGUGCAUGUUAGCGCUCUCCUUUUCAUCCUCACAUGGAGUAGAUUUUGUAUUUUAAUUUAUAUCUUUUUCAUGUUAGGCUUGUUCCAACGGUGAAGAUUGACUCUCCAUUUGUGCUCUUUAUUAUUUUUGUGAAGAUUGCAAUAAAGUUAGUCAGAAGAGCCGGUCGUCAGUAUCCUCCUUAGAGUGUCGUGCACCUGAACACAACGCAGUGUGGCUGGGACUGCAGACCGUUCCGGCUACACCGGCCACAUAACGUUCCCAGUGAUCGACUCUGCAGCCAAAUCAUAAAGAGAAACCAUGACAAAAUUAAAUGAAAAUUGUGCAGACAUGAUGCUGAAUGUAGAGUUUCAAUGUAGCAAAACAUCUACACAGGAACCUGUAACCCCUCUGAAUGAUAACUGGAUCUUCUGUAAACUUCCAACUUCUACUUGGGAACUGGAUAUUGAAGAACAACAAUUUCCGUAUGAGCAUUUAAAACAUUAAAGUCUGGGUGGAGAGUUAUAGUGAUGCAAAGUAUUUUAGAGUUAUAAACAUCCAGGUUACAGUGAAUAUAGCAUGAUGCAAAGCUGAAUUUGUGUGGAGAAACAUAACACAGCAACUCACUAAAAGAGAUGGUAUCAGCUCCAUCCAUCCAUCCAUCACUUUAUUCAUUUAUAUUCUCAUUUAAAACAUUUUUACAUAAAAACCGCUGAAAUAUCUGCUUUCAAGUUCUUGGAAUAAUUUAGUUUGCCGUUUUUGUCAGUUCUUCUCAACAAGCAUAGAAGUUGCUGACAAAUUCUUUUGGUACAUCUUCCUUGUACCAGGUAGGACCACUAUUGCCUUUAGAACUUUCUUAAUUCUUCAUAGCAUAAACCCAACAAUCUGUUGGAAACAUUCCUCUCAAGCUUUGGUCCAUGUAGAAAUGGUAGCAUCACACAGAUGCUGCAGAUUCGUCAGCUGCGCAUCCAAAUCAGAACCUUCUUUCACCACAUCCUAAAGCUGUUCUGUUGGACUGAGAUAUUGUGACUGUGGAGACCAUUGGAGUUAAAUGAAUCAUGUCCAAGGAACUAGUUUGAGAAGAUCUGAUCUUUGAGACAUGGAGCAUUAUCCAGCUGGAAGCAUCCAUCAGAGGAUGGGUGCCUUGUGGUCAUUAAGGGAUGGGGAUGGUCAGAAAAGAAUACUCAGGUAGGCUGUAUGGUUUAAAUGAUGCUCAGUUGGUACUGAGGGGCAUACAAAGUGCCAAGAAAAUAUCAUGAUACCACCAGCAGCUUGAGUCAUUGAUCUUACACAGGAUGGAUCUUUCAUGGAGUUCAUGUCAGAUUCUGACUGGGCCAUCUGAAUUUUGCAGCUGACAUCCAGACUCACCAGACCAGAUAAUGUUUUUCCAACCUGGUAUCUCUUUCUGUGGGUCACUCCCACCUGCUCAUCACCUUAACUGAAAGUUGCAAUGUGCUUCAACUGAUAAAUUGGUUUAAUUUGGCCUUUUAGCGUAGUUCUCAGGCUCCAUUUGUGCCACAAAUCAUCAACGAGACACCCAAAAAACCUGACCCCCUCUUCAAGCAGCAGCUUGUCCACAGCCCAUAGUUGACAGUUCACUGUUUGAUUGUGAACCACAGCCUCAGACAUGGAGGUGCUAAUUCUGAAGUGUUUUAGAAAGUCACUGUGUCUCCUGGAGGUCUAAACCUGGUGAGCACAGCAAGAACAUGCUGCAUGUGAAAAGAAGUGAUGAAAUCCAAAGUUUUUAGAUUAAAAACCCUCCAUCUCCGGACUGCACCUAAACAUCUGUCCAAACUUCAGCCCAGGAGAGGUCCAAUCCUCGCCAGAAAUACCUCUUACUUCUUACCAGAUUUGUGAACCAAGAACUGAACCUGAAGAACUAUCUACUGGUCUGCACAUGAGUCUGAAGCAUCUCCAAGCCAACAAAGCACAUGAUGACUGGUUGGAAAGCUCCCAGGCACCUGAACCUUAUGUCUGAGGCUGAACCUUCCAAUCCUUUGGAGGAAAAUAUCUGAAUCAACCUGGCUGCUUGGCACCAGUAUACCCAAAUGUAUUUUAAGGGGUAAGAGCUUGAAAAUGUAAAAAGACCAACAUCACCUGCCAAAUUCAAAGACCUGACUCUGAUCUUCCCAAACAAGACAUGGUUCUCUUCUGGAUGUAAACAACCCUUUACACCGCUAAGUUUUGGCUGCUGUAACAGAUGAAGCUGCAGUCCUUCUGAACUCUCAGCACCAGUCUGGUAAGGAUAACCUUCACUGAAGUAUGGAAAAUCACAGAUGCUUGUUAUGGACAAGAAGCUGCAUGGCCAAUUGCUGAACAGGAAGCAACCUGAUAGGUGACCAAGUGAGGACCCACAGAAUGUGCUGCGCUUGGAGAUGGAGGCAUUGCAGCAAACAUCUGUGUAGAAUUUGUAGCGGUACAACACUCUUCCUUUCUGCUAAGUAUUUAUUUAGUGAUUUAGAUCAACUGGCUAAGAUGACCAAAGCACUUAACAGUAAGAUCACAAAAACACAGUGAGAAUGAAGAACAGAGAACAUUUCAUGAAAACAGAAAACAGGUGGCAGAACGCAUGACAGGUAAGACAAACUGAUUACCAGUUUUUGUUCUUGGUUGAGGGACCCACACAAUCUACCAAGACAUGCUCAAAAUGCUCACCAACUACAGGAAUGGUACUAACAACUAAAGAUAAAAGUCUUUGAUUCACUUUUUAUCAUAGAUUUAUACGCAGAGAUGCCAUAAUGGGAGGCAAUUGCACAUAAAUCAUCUUUUGUACAGUCAUCAAACUGUUUUAAGGUAUAUUUAUUUAUGAACUCAAACUAAACUGUGUCAUUUUCAAAAUGAUCCAGGACGAGAGCCCAUUUACGUAACAAACUGGUCCAGACAGAUUUUUUUUGUCUCUGCCUACAUAAAGGUUGUGGUAUUCUGAACUUUGCAGAUAACAUUUUCUGACAGACUUGGAAAGUCUGGAAGGAAACACCUCAGUUACAGGUUUAAACAAUGUUUGUCAGAAGAAGUCUAACAGGUUCUAGCUCCGCCCUGUCUAACUCACCUGAGGCAAAACAGGAAGAGUUUGUAAUUCUUCAACAUUACAUAGAGACACACAGACGAUAAGAUUCACCCUGCGACUAAACUGCCUGCUUCAUCGUAGCGAGGCCAGAUGCAGGAGAUAAAUAAAACAUCUCAGAGUAACUUUGAGGGACGUUAGUGGAGGAGGGAGGGAGCCAUGACUGACUGGACCUUCUGUGUUUUCAGCUUCACUCAGAGACUAAAUGGCUUCCAGAUUAGAGGAGGAUCUCUGCUGUCCGGUCUGUCAGGACAUCUUCAAAGAUCCGGUUCUUCUGUCAUGUAGCCACAGCUUCUGUAAGGAGUGUCUGAAGAACUGGUGGAGAGAGAAACCAGCUAAAGAGUGUCCAGUUUGUAAGAGGAGAUCUUCAAAGCAUCAACCACCCUGUAACCUGGCUCUGAAGAACCUGUGUGAGACCUUCUUACAGCAGAGAGACCAGAGAGCUUCAGAGGAUCUCUGCAGUCUGCACUCUGAGAAACUCAAACUCUUCUGUCUGGACCAUCAGCAGCCAGUGUGUCUCGUCUGCAGAGAUUCAGAAAAACACACCAAGCACAGAUUCAGACCCAUCAAUGAAGCUGCUCAGCAACACAAGAAGAACCUUCAGAAAACUCUGGAACCUUUGAAGAAGAACCUGAAGCUCAGGAAGAAAGUUCAAAAGGAGUUUAAUCAGACAGCAGAACACGUGAAGGUCCAGGCCCGACACACAGAGAGGCUGAUUAAGGAGCAGUUUAAGAAGCUUCAUCAGUUUCUAACAGAGGAAGAGGAGGCCAGGCUGGCUGCACUGAGGGAGGAAGAGGAGCAGAAGAGUGGGAUGAUGAAGGAGAAGAUGGAGGCUCUGAGCAGAGAGAUAGCAGCUCUUUCAGCCACAGUCAGAGCCACAGAGGAGGAGCUGAGAGCUGAAGACGUCUCCUUCCUGCACAACUACAAGGCUGCAGUGGAAAGAGUCCAGCGCUGCCCCCUGCUGGAUGGUCCACAGCUGCCCUCAGGAGCUCUGAUAGACCAGGCCAAACAUCUGGGCAACCUGGCCUUCAACAUCUGGAGCAACAUGAAGAACAUGGUGUCCUACACUCCUCUCAUCCUGGAUCCAAACACUGCUCACCCUAAGCUCAACCUGUCUGAAGAUCUGACCAGUGUCAGAGCAGGAGUCCGAGAGCAGCUGCCUGACAAUCCAGAGAGGUUGGACAUAUGGUGGUCUCUCCUGGGUUCUGAGGGGUUUAACUCAGGGAACCACAGCUGGGAUGUAGAUGUUGGAGACAGUGAUGUUUGGACACUCGGUUUGUUAGCAGAGUCUGUCCACAGGAGGAAAAACAUACAGUCUGGGUUAUGGGGAUUGAUGUUAACAGAAGAUCAAUUAUCAGCAUGGUUACCAGGUUCAUCCACAGUUCUCUCAGUACAGAAGAAGCUUCGGAGGAUCAGAGUAAAUCUGGACUGGAACAGAGGAAAACUUUCGUUCUCUGAUCUGGACACUAACACACACAUACACACCUUCACACACACCUUCACUGAGAAGAUGUUUCCUUACAUCUACACUUUGGAUCAAGUAAAAAUCUUACAGUUAAAGAUCUGAGUGAACAAAAAAGACUUUAGAACUGGGCUGAUGUUCUCUGCUUUCUAGGUUCUAGUGAGGACUAGGCAGCAGCUCCUGGAUCAGCUGCAGCUGUCUGAUGGAGCUUUUAGGCAGACCUGUGGAGAACCUGUUGCAGUGAUCAGUUCACUAAAGAUAAACGCAUGGAUGAGUUUCUCCAGAUCCUGCUGAGACAUUAGUCCUUUAAUCCUGGAGAUGCUCUUCAGGUGAUAGAAGGCCGACCUUGUUACUGUCUUUAUGUUGUCCUGGAGGUUCUGGUCUGAGUCCAUCACUACACCCAGAUUUCAGCCCUGGUCCGUGGUUUCUAGCUUUAGAAACUGAAGCGGUGUUCUGACUCCUGAUCGCUCCUCCUUUGGUCCAAAAAUAAUGCCUUCAGUCUAACCAACGUUUGAAUGGGUUCAUAGUCAUCUGGUGACGUUGUAAUGUAGGGCUGUGUUUUUUGCGUAAUUAUGGUAACUCUAAUAUUUUUUGUUUAUUAUGAUCUGAGCUGGGGGGAGCUUGCAAAUAUUCAAUAGGAGGGGUCCCAGGAUGGAACCUUGGGGAACCCCACAUGUGAUUUUUGUUAGCUGUGAUGUAAAGUUACCUAUUGUUCCUGUCCUUCAAGUAAGACUCAAACCAGCCAAGUGCUGUACCAGAAAGCCCGGCCCAGUUCUCCAGGUGCACCAGUAAUAUACCAUGGUCAACGGUGUCGAUCAUGGCCCAAUAAUACCAGAACUGUGGUUCUGCCAAAGUCUGCAUUUAUGCAGAUGUCAUUGAUUACAAAAAGGAAACUGGAAAAAUAAAGAUCUAUUUCGACUGAUCAUCUGUUUGUGUUCAGUUCAGUUAGACCCGUUUCUGAUCGAGAUGAAACACUUUCUGGUUUUAAUGGUUACCAUUAACACAUUUCCUGACAGUGAGUACUACCACUUUGAAAUAUCAUCAAACCAUGAUAGUUUAGUGUUUCAUUAACAACUGUUCUUUUUUUAAUUGUCCAUUCAACUUAUCAUCUCAGAUGCUUUACCGCAGCAGUGAAAGCAAAUCAGGAAUAUUCUGACCACCAAAGAGCCCCUACUGUUAUAACUAUAGCCAUUUUAUUUUUUUUAACAAGCAGCUUUUUUGUUUCAAGCUUAACUACGGCAACUGAAACACAACUUCCUGCAAAUCUCCAUAAUAAGAGCCUUCAGGAUUAAGAAUGCCCUGUGAUUUUCAGAUAACAUAUUAUAAAGAUCAACUAUCUGAAUGCUGGGUACACUGUGGGCUGGAGGUCAUAAUUUGAUCUUGACAUCAUUUCAUAGAAGGCAGUUCUAUAGGCAGUAACUUUCCACAAAACAAUUUGUAAAAACUUUGUAUAAAAAUGUGCAUAUUUAUAGUUUAUUUUAAUAUAAUCCUAAUGAUAUUCAUUGGAGGUGGUUUACAUGCAAUAAGAACUAUACAAAAUGUUUAUAAUGUUACAUUCCUGGUUUCAAAUGUGAAUAUUGUGGAAACUUGUGAUAUGAGUCAACCUGAUGUUUAAUAUUGUUUUGCCAGCAGAUGGGAUCAGAUUUCAGUUUUGAACAUUCAUUAACAACUGUACUUAAAUCUGUUUAACAUCUAUGGUAUUUUUUUCUGGAAGAAAACAUUAAUUAAAAAAUGAUUGUUUUAGAGUUGUAUUUUUCUGCACAUUAAUUAAACUAAAACUAUGGAGGGAA